AUGUGUAAAUACAUUAUAUCUACGUUCCCAGGCUUGAUGCAUUUAGUAGAUGAAAACGGAUGGAAUGCAUUACAUUACGCUGCUAUGGGCGGGAAUGUCAACUGUCUAAAAUAUCUCUUGGAAAGAGGAAUGUUAGAAAAUCGAACAACCAAUUGUAAACUCAGUAUACUACACAUUGCAUGUUUAAGUAGACAAGAAGAGAUGUGUCAAUACAUUUUAGCCAAGUUCCCAGAUAUAAUUCAUUUAGAAACUGAGGGUGGUUGGAGUACUGCACAUUAUGCGGCACGUGGAGGAAAUGUUAAAAUUCUUAAGUUACUCACACAAAAAGGGGUACAGACCGACCAAACCACUGAUGAGGGUUUCACUAUUCUUCAUAUAGCUUGUGAAAGAGGUCGAUUUGAAAUGGCUCAAUACAUUUUAUCUGAACAUCCAGGAAUGAUGCAUCAGGUUUCCAAAAAUGGAAGUACAGCCGCACAUGACUCCACAAUUGGAGGGCAUCUUAAUGUCCUGCAACUACUUCUCCAAAAUGGAUUAAAUCCAAAUCAUUUUACAAAUAACAAGAUGAAUAUCCUUCACAUAGCAUGUGUGAAAGCCCAUUUUGAAAUUUUCCAAUACGUUUUAUCAAACUUUCCAGAUAUGCUCCAUUUUGUUAAUAUAUAUGGAUGGAAUGUAGCACAUUGUGCUGCACUUGGAGGAGAUAUCAGUAUUCUAGAUCUUAUUAUAGAAAAGGGAUUGCAAGCAGAUCAAACCACCAAAGCAAACGAGAGUAUUCUCCAUAUAGCAUGCUCAAAAGGGCAUUUUGAAAUGUGUCAAUACAUUAUAUCAAAAUAUCCGGACAUGCUGCAUUUGAUCACUAAUGAAGGAGAAAAUGCUGUACACACAGCUGCGAUUGGAGGCAAUGUCAAAAUUUUACUUGCACUUGAAGAGCAAAAAUGUCAAGCAUUCAAGACCAAUGGGGAUAAAAUGACUAUUCUUCACAUAGCAAGUGCUUGUGCUCAGUAUGAAAUGUGCCAGCACAUUUCAUCAAUGUAUCCCGAUAUGCUGAACAUGGUUGACAAAAAUGGAAAGAGUGCUUUACAUUUUGCAGCUCAGGGAGGAGAUAUAAAAAUUCUACAAAUCCUUAUAGAAAUGGGAUUAUUAGCAUCACAUGUCACACCCAGCAAGUACUCAAUACUCCACUUAGCAUGUUCUAGUGCAAGGUUUGAGAUGUGUCAAUAUAUUUUAGGAGAGUAUCCGGACUUGUUGCAUAGAAAGACAGAUCAAGGCUGGAAUGCAGGUCAUUGUGCAGCUUUAGGAGGAAAUGUGAAAAUAUUACGCCUGCUUAUAAAAAAGGGAAUUCAAGCUGAGGAGAUAACCAAUGCAGAAGAGAAUAUUUUUACUAUUGCCUGUUCCAAAGCCCGACUUGAAAUGUGUAAAUAUAUAUUAUCGGAGUAUCCAGACAUGCUUUAUUUAGUUGACAUGUGCAGCCAUAACGCUGCACAUUGUUCUGCAAUGGGAGGAAAUGUCAAAAUUCUUAAAAUUCUUAUAGAAAAGGGAUUUCCCGCUCGACUUACUGCUAUACGCGAAUUAACUAUACUCCAUAUAGCAUGUACCAACGGUCACAGUGAGAUGUGUCAAUAUAUUGUAGCAAAAUUUCCAGAAAUUUUGCAUCUGAUCACAGAGGAUGGAUGGAACGCUCCAUAUUUUGCUGCAGCUGGGGGAAAUGUAAACACUCUCAAGAUACUGAUUGAAAAUGGAGUACCAACAAAUCGUGUGUCUUAUUGUAGAAAAGAUAUACUGGAUAUUGCAUGUUUAUGUGGGAACUACGAUAUGUUCAAAUAUUACAGUAACUACUAA